AAAUCACUUGGAAGGUGUAGUAACAGUAUUCUGAUACUUGCCGCGAGUACUAAGAUCACUCUCGCUAUAUCGAUAUACUUUUGAUCUUGCUAUGGCAGCUUACUCUGCUGUAAUUUCUCUACUUCAAACACUGGAGCGAUUUCAGGAGAGACAACCCGUACUCAUUCAAGGUCAAACUGCGAAAACACUAGAAUCCCUUCGCGAUACUGCUGAAUAUUUUCAAAAUUUUGUCGAAGAAGCUAGCACGAGUAGAUUUGAUCCUGAGAAAAUCAAAUCUUUCGAGGAAAUAAUAAGAUCUGCUGCUAGUGAUGCAGAAGAUGUUAUCGAGAUGUGCUGGACAUGUGGAAAUGCAUCUGAAAGUUCACUAAACAAGAAUUUGCGACCGGUUGUUACAAGAAUAAAUACGAUAAAGAAUGAAGUGAUGGAGAUUGUUUCUGGUUUCAGCACAAGUAGUCACGACAUGGAUGAUCAUCGAUUUCUUGAAUCCGCGGGGGAUUUUUUGAUCAACAGUACUACUUAUAGAAGUAAUCGGAUGCUGCAACAUAUGGAAGGCGAUAUCGUGCAAGGACUUGAUGAGGACUUGGAGAUAAUAGUUAGAAGAUUGACAGAGCCGUUGUCCGAUCUUGACAUCAUCACAAUAACAGGCAUGGGUGGGAUCGGCAAAACAACACUCGCUAGAAAAGCUCACGAUCAUCUGAAAAUCAGGUAUCAUUUUGACAUUCGCGUUUGGGUUACAAUAUCUCAAGUAUAUGGAAGUAGAAAUGUGUUGUUAGAAGCUUUACGUUGUAUUUCAAAGCAAACAAAUAUUGAUAUCGGAAAAGAUUAUGAUAAGAAGAACAACAAUGAGUUAGCCGACCUGGUGCAGAAGAAACUAAAGGGUCCGAGAUACCUUGUUGUAGUCGAUGAUAUUUGGAGUACGGAUGUUUGGGAUAGCGUAAGAAGAAUAUUUCCCGAUUGCAAUAAUAGGAGUCGAAUCUUAUUGACUACUAGAGAAACAAGGGUAGCGAUAUAUGCAAAUCCUAUUAGCCGUCAUGAGAUGAACCCAUUGAACUCAGAUAACAGUUGGAAGCUACUUUGUGAUAAGGUGUUCGGACCAAAUUAUGAUCAUCCUCCUGAGUUGGAAGAAAUCGGAAAGCAACUAGCAGAAAAAUGCCACGGACUACCGUUAACAAUCACAGUGAUCGCGGGACAUCUCUCUAAAGUGGCCAGGACUUUAGGAAGUUGGAUGGAUGUUUUCCGAACCAUGAGUGAAAUCAUCGCUAGUCAUCCAGAUAAAUGCUUAGGAGUUCUCGGUUUGAGUUACCACCACUUGCCGAAUCACCUCAAACCUUGCUUUCUUUCUAUCGGUAGUACUUUCCCGGAGGCUUAUCAGGUUGAGACUUGGCGAUUGAUUCAAUUAUGGAUCGCGGAAGGUUUUAUAAGGAGUCCCGAGAGUGAUAAAAGCUUGGAGGAAGUGGCAGAAGAUUACUUGGAGGAUCUUAUCGGCAGGAACUUGAUAAUCGUUAACAAAAGGAGAUUCAACGGCGAGAUAAAAGUAUGCGGAAUGCAUGAUCUACUGCGUGAAUUCUGUUUAACCGAAGUUGAAAUGACAAAGUUCAUGCAUGUCGAGAGAACUGAUGUAGUCCUUAGAGUUUCAACACGAAAGUACAAUGGCCGUCGCUUCAUUUUCCAGAUCAACAGAUAUUCAGAUGAUAGGCGUUUCAAGCUACUACCCUCGGUUGCCAGGUCUAUCUACUUGUUUUCCAAAACUCAUAAUUUCGUAGAACUUGAAGUUUUCUCCGGUUUCCACCUUCUCACGGUAUUGGCCAUUUUCGAUGAAAAUGAAAGUUACCAUUCUAUUCCACCUGUAAUUUCAAAGUUGUUUCAUCUGCGAUAUCUACAAGUUCGAUCUCAUGCAAAUCUUCCUGCAUCAAUCUCCGAGCUUCAGAAUUUGCAAACUCUAGUUUAUGAUAGACGUUAUAGUCACACAACGUUACCAGAGAAGAUAUGGACGAUGAAGAACUUGAGGCAUAUACAUAUGACGAGAGCCUGUUAUUUACCAAGUCCUGGAAGAAAAAGUAUCGUAAAACAGCAUCUCGUGAUAGGGAUGCCGAGUUUAGUGCAACUUUCAAAUCUCUAUUUCACCAGUUGUACAAAUGAAAUCCUUUCUAACAUUCCCAAUCUAAGAAGACUGAUCGUUCAUCAUAAUGACGACUUAUCUAAAAAGAGUUGGAUCAAUCUUCCGAUUGAUAUGUCCAGCUUGACAAAACUCGAGGCAUUGAAGUGUGUCAGUAAUGCCUUUCUGUCCUGGACACCUCCAAUCUCCAUCAAGGGGUCUUUCUUCCCAGCGUCGCUUAAGAGGUUGACUUUUGCUGGCAGGUUUCGUUUUCCUUGGGAAGAUAUUUCAACUCUCGUAAAGUUGCCAAAUCUUGAAGAGCUCAAACUUAAAGAUCGUGCAGCCAUUGGUUAUGUAUGGACAUUGCGCGAUGAAGACAUAUUCAAAAGCCUAAAGCUGUUGUUAUUUCGCGAAGUACUUCUUGCGAAUUGGGUAGCUAGCAGCGAUAACUUCCCAAGUCUAAAACGCCUUGUUCUGAAGAAAUGUGACAACCUUAUGGAAAUUCCAAUAGAUUUCGGAGAAAUUUGUACGUUGGAGUCCAUUGAGUUGCAUAAUUGCAGCAAUGCUGCUGAGGAUUCUGCAAGAAAGAUUGAACAAGAACAAGAGGACAUGGGAAACAAUUGCCUUAAAGUCUACAUCCAUACAUAACACUCAAUGUAAGUUUUAGAUUUCUCCAAAAACACAGAGUUAAUGGUCAACACUGCACCUAAAUUGUCAACAUCGCACUUGAACUAUCACCUUUACGCAAGUCUGUAACACCCCGUAUUUUGGGCUAGAAUAAAAACCAUGAUUUCGAUGCGUUGAUAA